AUGGAUCUUACAGCAGCUACUAGCCAGCUUAAACUCAGUUCCAGUCUAAGCCAAAGCUCUAGUUAUGACCUGGCAUCUGUGAACAUGGAUACAAAUAGUGUCGCAGGAUCAAUUAGUGACACAGAUACAGAUAUAAAUGAGGCUAACGAGCAAGAAAGGGAUUGGUGGUUGAGAAAAGAUUCUUUAGGUUUAAGUUUUCUAGAUAUUAAUGAAAGAAGACUACCUCUAAUUAUAGCAAGAGACACAUCAUUUAAUCAGUUCGCAAAACGAGUUAAUAAUGAUAGGAGGUUCUUUGACUAUCAACACGGCACUGUAACUAUUAUUGAGUUACCUUCCGGUGAUCACGAAUCUGCAAACAGCAAACUUGGUUAUCUGUUUAACAAAGGUGUCGAUAAUAAUACAACACCACAAGAUGGUGUAGAAGCAUGGGGAUCAAAAAGUUUAUACACUAAUCUUGUAACAAGAAGAUUUGAUGAGCCGGACAAAUGUUAUAUACCCAGACGUCUACUAAAUCCACAAAUCGCAGCACAACAUCCUUGUGAUCAAGGAGGAAAUCCAUGGCCAACAAUAGUUUUCGAAGUCGCAUGCUCAGAAACACUUCAGCACGUAAAGAAUAAAAUAAAUGAUGUUUGGCUAGCACCAAAUCGGUGUGAAGACGUUAUUGUUAUCAAAUUAGGUAGAUGGAUGAGAAGACGUCAUAAUACGACGACUAGACGUCCUUUGCGUCAUAUGCGGUGCCUAAAAUUUUGUCGGACUGCAACUCUUCAGCAGAACCCAAAUGCUACAUCAUUUGAUGCAAUUGAAGAGAUUGAGUUCGGAUCUGUAUUUUCCAAUGGCAUGGAGAGUUUCUUUUGCGAUGGUCCUCAUAUGAAAUGGCUUACAAUCGAUUGUAGUUGUAUAUAUGCUGGUUGUCAACAACCUAUUCCUUCGUUUCAUGCUGUUGUCUCUUCACAACCUCUCCCUCAACCUCAAGGACCUCCUCAACCCCAAGGACCUCCUCAACCUCAAGUUCCCUAUCCUCUUCAAGGACCGGGAAUUGCUAUUGACUUGUACGAUUUACAACAAUCGAUUUUUUUAGCUAUGGGUCCAAAUUGA